CACACCUGAGGCACAUGGAAGUUCCCAGGUUAGAGGUCAAAUCAGAGCUACAACUGCCAGCCUACGCCAGAGCCACAGCAAUGCGGGAUCUGAGCUGUCUCUGCAACCUACACCACAGCUCAUGGCAAUGCCAGAUUCUUAACCCACUGAACAAGGCCAGGGAUUGAACCUGCAACCUCAUGGUUCCUAGUCAGAUUCAUUCCAUUGCACCACAACGGGAACUCCUAGCAUCCUAUUUUUAAUGUGUGAACUAACAUUUUCCAGAGAUGUGUGUAGAGUGAAACAUAGUAUUGUGUUUGUAAAAGUCAAUUUUGUAAAAAACCACAAAAAUGAGUACUUGUUCUUGAGGAAGGAAAAUUUUUAUUUCUUGACAUCAUCAAAGAAAAAUGUGAGGGAUCUGGUAUGAAAAGAACAAAAAUGUACAGAUCCUACCACCUCAUUCCUCAAAACUGUAUAAACACUUUCAAAAUUUUCCUUCGUCUAUUAAUCUGUCCCUAGAGCAGCCAGCCCACACAGACCUGGGGGCAUUCAAAUGUCAGAAUAUUCCAUAAAUAUCUGGGAACACAUAUUUUUGGCAAAAAGAAAUCAUUUAACAUGCAGGGAAAGACUGCUUGUGAAAUAGUUCAGAGUGAUACAUUCAGUCAGGAUCCCCUUGCAAUGACAAAAUUAGAGCAUCAUUCUUAUAACAUUCUUGGGAACAUUCAAAAGACCUAUGACAUCAUGAACUCUUAAAACAAGAGGAUUUUUUUUUAAUUGAAGUACAGUUGAUUUACAAUGCUGUGUUAAAUUCUUCUGUACAGCGAAGUGAUUCAGAUAUAUAUGUAUAUGUAUGUAUACAUUCUUUUUAAAAUAUUCUUUUCCAUUAUGGUUUACCAUAAGAUAUUGAAUAUAGUUUCCUGUGCUAUACAGUAGAACCUUAUUCUUUAUCCCUUCUAUACAUAAGAGCUUACAUCUGCUAACCCUACACUCCCACUCCAUCCUUCCCCCUAGAAUUGUUUUUUUGGGUGCCAAAUGGAUGGCAAGUAUCCUAUAGUGAGAGAUGUAAAAACAGAGAAGUUCCAGGAGUUCCCCUAUGGCUCAGUGGGUUAAGGAUCAGUGUUGCCACUGCAAUGGCCCUGGUUACAGCUGUGGCGCAUGUUUGAUCCCUGGCCUGGGAACUUCUGCACGCUGAGAGUGGGGCCAACAAAACACAACAAAAUGAAACACAGAAGUCCUAAAACUGCCUCUUACCACUCUACCUUCAAAAAAAUUUAUAUCUAUAUCUAUAUCUAUGUAUCUUUCUUUUUAUGGCCAUACCUGCAACAUAUGGAGGGAGGUUCCCAAGCUAGGGGUCAAAUCUGAGCUGCAGCUGCCAGGCUACGUACACCAUAGCCACAGCCACACCAGAUGUGACCUACAUGGCUGCUUGGUUACAUCCGAGGCCAGAGAUAGAACCUGCAUCCUCAUGGACACGGUGUAGGGUUCUUAACCCACUGAGCCACAACAGCAACUCCAUAUUUUCAUAAUAAAAUGAUAAAAGUGACAUAGGUUACUUCAUUUACAUUUCCCUCUUAGAUAUUAAAGUACAGCAACAUGGCUUAAAGUAAAAGGGGAAUUAGAGCCAGAGAGACUAGAGUUCAAAUUCUCUUUCAGACACUAGUUUUGUUACCUUAAGUGUGUCAUAAUUUCUCUAAAUCUCAAAGUCUUUGUUACUAAAAUGGGUAUAAUAACCCCCAUGGCUCAAGCUUGGUCCUGGUUACUAAAAGGGAUAAUAUACUGAAGUGCUUAGUAAGAUGCUGUGCAAAUAGUAGGUACUCAAUAAGUGUGACCUUUCUCCCAGUUUUCCAAGAACACAUAGCAAAACAUUUCCUUCUCUUUUAGUUUGGGAUGAGCCAAAACAGUGACUAAGGAGUAAAUUUUUAAAAAGCAAGUGAAUCUACACCUAAUAUAAUCUAAACAAACUUUCCAUUAAGUAUGCAGUUAUGUAACUGAAAUUUAAUAAACAUUAUUGGAUGCAGUGGCAUUAUUCAGAAACCUGAAUAGGUCCUCUUCUGCAAGUCUGCCUUUUAUUUUAUCUUUGACUGAUUUAGCAAAAUAUAUCAUUAAUCCCUUUAUUCAGAUUAUAACAUAGUAUGAUCCCUUGAGAAGAUUAAGGCUCUCUUGAUGUCAGAUAAAAACCGUAGUUUCUUUUCUUUUUUUCUUUUUAGGGCCACAUCUGACACAUAUGGAGGUUCCCAGGCUAGAGGUGGAAUCAGAGCUGUAGCUGCUGGCCUAAGCCACAGCAACGCAGAAAGGCCAGAUCUGAACCGUUGACCGAGACCUACACCACAGCUCAUGGCAACUCAGGAUCCUUAACCCAAUGAGCGAGGCCAGGGAUCGAACCUAUGUCCUCAUGGAUGCUAGUCAGAUUCGUUUCCGCUGAGCUAAGACGGGAACUGCCCCAAACCGUAGUUUCAAUGUUUGCUCGUGUGUCUAAGAAAAAUAGUGACAUGGAAAGAGAAACAGUGAGAAAUUAAAGGCUGCUUUUCAAGGCUGAUGGUAUGGUAAUUCUCUUGUGAUGAAGACACCUGUUGAUGCCUCACUACCUAGAGACCUUAAGUACCAUAAUUCAUGCCUUGAACCUUGAAGUUCCAUACUCUAGUUCUCAAGGACUCUAAAGGGUGACCAAGCCUUCUGAAAUCGCCAAAGGGGGCAACAGAGAAACAGCCCUUAGAAGGCAUUAGAGCCAGGUUCUUAGCAUUGAACUGUGGGCUUAUUCAGGGGGUUCUAGAACCCACAGUCCCUGGAUGUCAAGUUGUGGUAUUUUAUGCCAUUUCCCCAGGCGGCUUCUCAACUACCACUUCCCUCUAGAUGUCUUCUCUAGACGUCCUACCCUGCCAAAGAGGUCUCGCCCACGUAAUCGCUCGUCACUUUGGUGAUUUCUUGCGGAGCCUUACCAUAAUCUGUCAUUAUCUUGUGUGUUUCAAUGUCUACCCCACUAGAAGAUGACCUCCCCAAAGAGCAGGACGCUGGACUUUCUACAGUGCCUUGAACCUGGUGGAUCUCAAGAGAUACUUCCGGAAUGAAGGACAGAUCUGUGUCCAUCAGGGCUGAAAACAGUGCAGUUCGUUUUCACAGUUAAAAGACUAUUAAGAAGACAAGAUGGGGACUCCUGGUUCUGGAAGGAAAAGGACGCCUGUGAAAGACCGAUUUUCUGCAGAAGAUGAAGCUUUGAGUAGCAUUGCCAGAGAGGCAGAGGCACGGCUGGCAGCAAAACGGGCUGCCCGGGCAGAAGCAAGAGAUAUUCGCAUGAGAGAACUGGAACGGCAACAGAAAGAGCACUCUCAUCAUUCCUUUGAUGGAAAAUGGGGACAGAUUCAGAAGUGGCUGGAAGAUUCAGAAAGGGCCAGGUAUUCCCACCGGUCCGGUCAUCAACGUCCUUAUCUGGGAGUUGAGGAUGCGUUGUCCAUUCGAAGUCUUGGCAGUCACAGGAGCCCAUUGAAGGACAUAACAGGGACACACUGGAGCAGAGCCAGUACACCCAAAAGGAAGGAGAUCAUGUAUGAUGCUCUCAAGGAUAGACCAUCAAGACUUUCAUCAUUAAGUCAUUCUUACAGUCAUUCUUAUGGAAUGAAGAAGAGAUCUUCUGGUUCUCAUAAAGACCCACUGAGUGGCCUCUACUUUGACCAGAGAAACUAUAGCAGUCUUAGACAUAGCAAACCCACCUCUGCCUACUAUACUCGGCAGUCUUCUUCCCUGUACAGCGACCCUCUGGCGACAUCUAAGAGUUACAGGGCCUCCCUUACUUCAAAUUCUGGUCUGCUGAGAAGUGCCAGUCUGAUGUCAUUGUAUGAUGGUGGAUUAUAUAACCCUUAUGGUUCUCGAACUCCGUCUGAGUACAGUUUUUAUUCAUCAAGGACAAGUUCAUCCCGAAGCAGUCCUGUGUUUAUCGACGAUGACACUGCAAGCAUUGCCUCUUCUGGUCGUGCCAGCCAUGGGCAAAAGGAGAGUGUGGUCUCUGCUGCUGAUUAUUUCAGUCGAUCCAAUCGUAGGGGGAGCAUUGUCUCCGACGUGGAUGAUGUCAGCAUCCCAGAUGUGACCAGUUUGGAUGAAAAAUCUGACAAACAAUAUGCUGAAAACUACACAAGGCCUUCAUCUCGAAAUUCUGCCUCAGCAACAACCCCUCUAAGUGGAAAUUCAUCCAGACGAGGAAGCGGGGACACCAGCAGCUUGAUAGAUCCAGACACCUCCUUAAGUGAAUUGCGGGAUAUCUAUGACCUUAAGGACCAGAUACAGGAUGUAGAAGGGAGAUACAUGCAGGGGCUUAAAGAACUAAAGGAGUCUUUGUCUGAAGUGGAAGAAAAAUACAAGAAAGCCAUGGUUUCCAAUGCACAGUUAGACAAUGAGAAGAACAAUUUGAUAUACCAAGUAGAUACCCUCAAGGAUGUUAUUGAAGAGCAGGAGGAACAAAUGGCGGAAUUUUUUAGAGAAAAUGAAGAAAAAUCAAAGGAGUUAGAAAGGCAGAAACAUAUGUGUAGCGUGCUACAGCAUAAGAUGGAUGAACUUAAAGAAGGCCUCCGACAAAGAGAUGAGCUUAUUGAGGAGAAUCAACGUAUGCAGCAGCAAAUAGACACCAUGACAAAAGAGGUGUUUGACCUCCAGGAGACACUGCUUUGGAAAGAUAAAAACAUUAGGGCCCUAGAGAAACAGAAAGAAUACAUUGGCUGCCUCAGGAAUGAGCGGGAUACGCUCAGAGAGGAGCUGGCCGGCCUGAAGGAGGCAGCGAAGACGGGAGAGAAACAUGGCUUAGUCAUCAUCCCCGAUGGCACACCCAAUGGCGAUGUCCACCACGAGCCAGUGGUCGGAGCUAUCACUGUCGUGUCUCAGGAAGCCGCUCAGGUCCUAGAGUCAGCAGGAGAAGGGCCACUAGAUGUAAGGCUACGAAAACUUGCUGGAGAAAAGGAAGAGCUACUAUCACAGGUUAGAAAACUGAAGCUGCAGUUGGAAGAAGAGCAGCAGAAGUGCUCCAGGAACGAUGGCGUGGCGGGUGACCCUGCAGGACUGCAGAACGGCUCAGACCUGCAGUUCAUCGAGAUGCAGAGAGAUGCCAACAGACAAAUUAGUGAAUACAAGUUUAAGCUUUCAAAAGCAGAACAGGAUAUAACCACCUUGGAGCAAAGUAUUAACCGCUUGGAGGGACAGGUGCUAAGAUAUAAAACCGCUGCUGAGAAUGCCGAGAAAGUUGAGGAUGAGCUGAAAGCAGAGAAGAGGAAGCUACAACGAGAGUUACGAACGGCACUGGACAAGAUUGAGGAGAUGGAGAUGACCAACAGCCACCUGGCCAAACGGCUGGAGAAGAUGAAGGCCAACAGGACGGCACUACUGGCCCAGCAAUAGGGAGGCCGCCCGCCCGCCUGCCCGCUGGGAUGACCUUUCGUCCAUUGACUCCACCCCUUUCAGUACUGUUCCAGCUUUGUCAUUCAAAUAGCCGCCUUUGUACUUUAUAAUUUAUGAGAGAAUGAACAGGUUUGAAUCUUCAUGAAUGAACACUUGGGAUAUUUUGUUUGUAGUAUGAUUCUAGACUAAGAACUUGUCCACACCAUUGUUUUUUAUCUCCAUAAUUUUAGAAUCAAGUUUACUCACCAUUUUUCCCCAGCUGCCUCAGUGACUGGGCACUCGGAGGCUUUGGCAUGGGUUCUGGAGGACAGCAAGUCUGUGCUCACUGAGCUACUUCCUGGAGACCUCAGAAACACAAGUGCCUUCUCCACAGUGCCAUUCAGACUUCCGUGAUCUCCAGUGGUCAGAAGACAUUUACCCUUGAUAUCAGAUCGCGUUUAUAUUUUAGUGAAGAAACAAGUCCACAGGUGGGGAAUGUAUGUUUCACUCAAAUUUAUAUGUUUGGAGGAAAAAGCCUUUUUUUGUAAGAUAUUUAAAUUUAUAUAAGAAAAUGUUAGAAAAAGAUAUAGGGAGUGUAUAUAAAACUUGCUUUGUUGCAUGGGGCAGGGAAAGUCCAAGGCCUGUUACUCUUAAAGUAAGAGUAGGGUCCUUAGUCUUCACAUCAACUGUGCUGUAUCUUGUAAAGUAUUUCAUCUGCUGCUUAUUUGUGGAAUGAAACCUCAGACUAGCCCGAUGUGGGAGGGAGGGCAGGGCAGGCAGGUGGGAAGCCUGAAGAUUCUAUUAAACACACCCUUUUGCCGACUACAAUUGGCUACCGACACAUUCAUUUUGUUAGAGAAGCCUUUGAAACAAAUGUCAGCCAUGCACCCUAAUCCCUCAGCUUGCCCCUCUUCUUUUCUGUCAAGGUAAAAUAAUCUCCUUAGGGAGAAAUCAUCCAGAAUAUAGAAUUUAAGAAUUUUAGUUUCAUCUUUAAAGGCAUCCAGUUCAAGAGGAUUUUAUCAAGUAUAGCCAUUUUGCAGUAUUUGUGAUUCUUUUUUGCUCUCAGAAUCAAGGUGGUUUUAUGGAAGUGAUUAUUGUAUCUUCAGUGUGUUUAUACAGAAAAAUAGGGGGAAAGUCUAAUGAAUCAAGGCCACGUAAGAUAAAAUUAGACUUGGAACUAGAUAAUAAAGAUAAAUAUGAAUAAAAUCUCUAAUAAUUA